UUUUGAUUUCUAUUAACGUCUGUAUGAUCUGUGGUUUUUGGUUAAUAUUUUAUACCUGUAAUUUCUCUCCUAAUAAUUAUGUAAAUACAUAUUAAAUCAUUAUUUAACUCUGGAUAUUGAUUACAUUUAGAAUUAAGACUGUAAAAAGGAAAAAAAAAUGGCUUUGAAUGAUCCAGAUUGCUGUGCUCCUCCUCCACCAGUUGAAGAAGUUCAAAAUCCAAGGGCUAAACUUAUUUCAUCCAUAAAGAGUGCCCUCUUUAUCUUGAGCUCAGCCCUCAUAAUUUUUGUAGCUUUUAGUAAUACUUUAACUUGGCAUCUUCAACACUUUUGGGGUGCUUCAGGUGAUUUUUGGCAAAGCCAGUGGAAUAAAAUAUGUCAUUUAUUUGGUUCAGAUAAAUAUGUCAUGGGUGUUUGGGGUACAUUUUUAGUGACUUUCUUUGUGUACUGGUGUGUUGGAUUGUGUUACACUGUAAUUGACUUGACUGGAAAACCAGCAUUUGCACUUCGUUAUAAGAUUCAAGAUAAUGUUUCAUAUCCAGUCUCCCUUAACCAAGUUUUGAGAGUUGUUCAUCAGGUGCUAAUUAACCAAAUCCUGAUAGGAAUUCCCUUUGGUAUAUUUGCAUACUAUCUAAUGGUAUGGAGAGGAUAUAAUUCUGAAAAAACCUUGCCUACAUUUCAGUGGGUAUUAUUUGAGCUUAUAUUUUGUGUGCUGAUGGAAGAAGCUGGCUUUUACUAUUCUCACAGACUUUUACAUCAUCCUCGAAUUUACAAGUAUAUUCACAAGCGUCACCAUGAAUGGACUUCUCCUAUUGCUAUUACAGCUAUUUAUUGUCAUCCUGUAGAGCAUAUUUUUUCCAAUUUAGUGCCACCAUUACUUGGGCCAUUGGUAUUAGGUAGCCACACUGCUACCUCAUGGUUAUGGUUUGCUAUUGCUAUCUUGUCAACCUUAAAUGCACAUUCUGGCUUCCACUUUCCUUUCUUCCCAUCUCCAGAAGCUCAUGAUUUUCAUCAUUUAAACUGCAUCUUUGCUUGGCAUACAUCUCAAACCGAAUCAUCUUACAUGGGAACGAGUUUAGAGUAA